UAGUUCUAAGUUCUUUGAAACUCGUGGAAUCAGACCUGCCCUGAGAUAGCUCCGAGUUGUCCUAGGAUUUGGAGAAACCGUCGCCGUUGUCACAGCUGCAGGAGAUUGGAUCUCUAACAGUAAUAUAAAGGAAGCUGAAUGGGGCUUGUGAACGUCUAAAAACUCCCCCGGUCUCCGCCCCACCUUCUCACCCUAUUUCCCUGCAUCUCUUUAAACAAACAAAUAUAAAGAUCAUCAGGUGGAGUUGGAACGACACUGUUAAAUUAUGGAAGAUUUUUUGGCUGGCUGGAUCGGGGGUGCUACAAGUGUCAUUGUGGGUCAUCCUCUGGACACAGUUAAGACUCGCUUACAAGCUGGAGUAGGAUAUGGAAACACACUGAAUUGUGUUGUCACUGUGUAUAAAAAGGAAAGUGUGGCCGGGUUCUUUAAAGGAAUGUCUUUUCCGUUGGCAAGCAUUGCCGUCUACAGCUCUGUGGUUUUUGGUGUCUUCAGCAAUACCCAGAGGUUCCUAACCCAGUACCGCUGUGGAGAGUCUAACCAUUCACGAUCCCUGUCAGAUCUAAUUCUGGCUAGUAUGGUGUCAGGCGUGGUUUCAGUAGGACUUGGAGGUCCUGUGGACCUGAUUAAGAUAAGGCUACAGAUGCAAACACAGCCCUUUCUUAAAGCAGAUCUCCAUUUGAAGCCCAGACCAAAGGAGCUUUGGAACCAACCUAAGUACCAAGGACCUAUUCACUGCAUGACAUCAAUUGUCCGGAAGGAGGGCUUAGUGGGACUCUACCGGGGGGCCAAUGCCAUGCUGCUAAGGGAUGUCCCAGGAUAUUGCUUCUACUUCAUCCCUUACGUGUUUCUUUGUGAAUGGAUCACUCCUGAUAACAGCACAGCCCCUAAUUCCUAUUCAGUGUGGUUGGCAGGGGGCAUUGCAGGAGCAAUUUCAUGGGGAACUGCAACUCCCAUGGAUGUUGUUAAAAGUCGACUCCAAGCAGAUGGAGUCUACCGCAAUAAGUACAAGGGUGUCAUGGAUUGUAUCAUCCAGAGCUACAAGAAAGAAGGCUUUAAAGUUUUUUUCAGGGGAAUCACAGUGAACACCAUCCGGGGGUUCCCAAUGAGUGCCACCAUGUUUCUUGGAUAUGAACUUUCACUCCGGGCUUUGAGGGGAGACCAAACGGUGACGAAUCCCUGAGCCUCAAGUCAACUUCCUUCUUCCCCAUUCCCUCAUUUGAGCAAUGUCAUCUGAGCAAGAUUUCUUACUCUCAUGUCAAAUCACAGAAUAUUCUCUGAAACUAGAGACUGGAGAACUCUUUCAUGGAAAAGACACUUCCUCAGCUGGCUCCCUUCUGAUUUGCAUCUUUGCACCAUUUAUGCCUUCAGAGUAAUGCUCAGUUAACCAGCUAUUUAAUGAUCCUUCACUCACAGAUUUUAAGCACCUCAAUCAUUAUUCCUUUGACUGGAGUCAAGGGAGUAUACCACAUAGUCAAUGGAACAUUUCUCCAUCCCUCUCAAAGGAAGUGUUAUUGACAUUCAUCUACUCUAGAUUCAAUGAUGCCCCUGGGUUAAAUAUAGGGUCAUUUUUUACAAGAAAUGAGAGACCCAGGUUAUUAUAACUUUCUUAAAUUCUUAUGUCUCUUUGUCUAUGUGUCUUUUUGUGGAGUUUGAACUUGUCAAUAAGAUUUGAAAUAAAACAUUUAAAAUUCUA